UGGAUUACUGUAUUGGGGCUGGAAAACUGCAAGCAAUAAAAGACCCUGCUAGAUCCGACCCAGCUUCAUGUUCAGGGACGACAUUUGGCUUCUGUCCAGAGAGAUAAGUGUGAUCGGAUGAAUGUGUCCUUGUUUUGCUCUGUUUUUUUAUGAGUACAUGAGGCAAGACAGGAUGUCCUAUCCUCUACAGCUCCAGUAGUGAAUGGACUUGAAGGGUUGUUCACGUCUGAAUGAAGGACCAGUUGUCUUAUAGGAUACCUCAAGGAAACUUUUUUUAAAAUUAAUUAACGGGAUGUUUGGUCAAUGAGACUUAAUUUUUGUUUUGUUUUGUUUUUUUUAAUGGUGAAUGCUCCCUGGAAUAUUUAACUUGAAACGUUUCUGUUUGCUGUGUUUGGGAUUUAUCUUGUUAUUUAAGCGUAUGUGCUGAACUGAUCUCUACUUGGCAGCUGAAACAUGGCACUUUAUGUAGAAGGUCUUUUGAAGAGAAGAGGACUUCCAGAUGAUGGUCUGAGUAAAGGAGUAGCCAACGGAGGGAUGGCUCAGUUCCAGGAAAUGAUGCGGCAGCAGCUGGAGAGCUCCAUGCACACUGAGCUGGAGAAACUGCUGGACACUGCCACAGGGGCAGAGAAAGAGGUGUCCAAGAAAGACUUUGAGGGCUUCAAGAAUCUUUUCCACAGAUUUCUGCAGGUGAAAGGGCCAUCAGUAGAGUGGAUCAAGAUACAAAGACCUCCAGAAGACUCGAUCCAGCCCUACGAUAAGAUCGCCGCCCGAGGCCUGCCGGACAGCGUAGCUGACAGCCUGAACAAACUUGUGGUGGUGAAACUGAACGGAGGCCUGGGCACCAGUAUGGGAUGCAAGGGCCCCAAGAGCCUGAUCAGCGUCCGCAAUGAGAACACCUUCCUGGACCUCACGGUGCAACAAAUAGAGCACUUGAACAAGACUUACAACACAGAUGUGCCCCUGGUCCUCAUGAACUCUUUCAACACAGAUGAAGACACAAAGAAGAUCUUGCAGAAGUACACACACCACCGCGUCAAGAUACACACCUUCAACCAGAGCAGGUAUCCUCGCAUCAACAAAGAGUCGCUCCUCCCUGUGUCAACAAACUUGAGUAUGACCGGGCAAAGCGCAGAAGGCUGGUACCCUCCAGGUCACGGCGACAUCUACGCCAGCUUCUACAACUCCGGCCUGUUGGACCAGCUGAUCGCUCAAGGAAAGGAGUACAUCUUUGUGUCCAACAUCGACAACCUGGGAGCCACCGUGGACCUCCACAUCCUGCACCACCUGGUCAGCCAGCCCAACGGCAAGCGAUGCGAGUUCAUCAUGGAGGUGACGGACAAGACGCGCGCUGACGUCAAGGGUGGAACGCUGAUCAAGUACGAUGGAAAACUGCGUCUGCUGGAGAUCGCCCAGGUGCCCAAGGCUCAUGUGGACGAGUUCAAAUCCGUUUCAAAGUUCAAGAUCUUCAACACCAACAACCUGUGGAUCUCUCUGGCCGCUAUCAAGAGGCUGCAGGAACAGAAGGCGAUGGACAUGGAGAUUAUAGUCAACCCCAAGACGCUUGACGGCGGGCAGAACGUCAUCCAGCUGGAGACGGCGGUCGGCGCCGCCAUCAAAUGCUUCGACAACGCCAUGGGCAUCAACGUCCCCCGCAGCCGCUUCCUGCCUGUAAAGACCACGUCCGACCUGCUGCUGGUCAUGUCCAACCUGUACAGCCUGGACGCCGGCUCGCUCACCAUGAGCCCCAAGAGAGAGUUCCCAACAACGCCGCACGUCAAACUGGGCAGCUCCUUCACCAAGGUUCAGGAGUAUCUGACCCGCUUCGAGAGCAUCCCUGACAUGCUGGAGCUCGACCACCUGACUGUGUCUGGAGACGUCACCUUUGGGAAAAACGUUUCGCUCAAGGGAACCGUCAUCAUCAUCGCCAACCACGGCGAUCGGAUCGAUAUUCCAGCCGGCUCCAUGCUCGAGAACAAGAUCGUAUCUGGUAACCUUCGCAUCCUGGACCACUGAGGCCUUUCUCACCCCUUCCAACUUCAGCCACCCGCCCUCAUCAUGUGACCCAGCUAGCUUUAUCCCAGUCAUGUGACCUGUUUGUCAUGUUUACCCGACACCAACAGAUUGUUAAGAGGAUGUCGCUUUCCCUUGAAGGCUGUGUGUGAUUGCAUGUGCAGUGCUACUCUGCAGUCCCAACAUUAGGAAGUAGUUUACAUGGUGGAAGAUGGGGGUGUACCGCCCUCUAGAGGCUGUUGAUAACAUAAUAUAAACCUCUAAUUGUAUUAAUAAUGAGCUAGUCAUGGCUGCCACUUUAAAAGAUUAUGAGCUCAGCACUAGCCUAUAAUGUAAGUAUAUUCAUGUUAGAGAGAAAACAACAAAUCAGAUUUAUUGUCUACUUUUCUUGAACUGUAAAGUAUAUUUAGGGAUACUAACAAGACAUCAAAGAACAAUCGUCAUCCUCAUUGUGCACUUAACAGCACUGCUAAUGCAAUCACAUUGUGUACUUACAUAAAGAGGUAAAGUCAUGGAUUGUAAAGCUAUGGAAGAGUUUUGGUUGUUUAUCUUAAGCACAGAGACUUCACUUUAGUACUUACUAUGGAUCCAAAAUGCAGCUGUUACAUGAAAGAAAUCACUGGAAUAAUGUGCAAUCAGUCAGUAAUCAGUCUAUCACAGGGUUCAUGCAUACAAAUACACAACCAUUUACACUCGCAGAGCAGUAUAAUAAUAAGAAGAAGAUAAAAUUAAUAAGUCAAAUAAAAAUAUAAUAAAUAAGUGUACCUCAGACAAAUUAACCCUUCUGAUCAAUUUUGCGUGAUCAUCCACCAGAAAUUGUUGCCACUGUGAAAAGCUUGUCUCACCAAAACUGUCAUAACAAAAUCAUGUUAUAUAAGGUUUCGGAUUUAUAAAUUUUUGCCCACUUGUGCAGAACAAGCUGUUAACACAGCGCUAAUACUGAUUAUCACAUUAUAAAGUUGAUAUUGCAAACAGUCGCCUAUUUACACAGACAAAGAGCAACAUUAGCAUUUACGUGGGGUCUUGUAUCUUCCCACCUGAUGAUUAUUAAUCCAAAAUUUACUCUACUUUUCAAGUCUUGAGAAAAAUAUCUGUCUCUUUACCUGCUAAACGCUCCGCCGUGUUCACCAGCUGGUUAUUGCAGUUUGGUGCAGAGCUGAAAGACAGUAAAAUGCUCUGUAGAGAAGAGAUGAACCGCAAAGUCGGGUGAUAAUUCUCUGUGAAACCUUCAACAUACGUGUAGUCAUUUGAGCUGUUGUUGAUAUAAAGAUACUGACUGGAGCAGCUUUCAGUUACAGGACAACAACAGUACAACAGGAAUUAGUGGAGCCUGAAGUGAAGUCUGUGCCAAGAAAUAAAUUGCUAAUAUUUUUCCAGAGCAAUGACAACUGUGACUUCCACUAAAUAGAGCGUAGAACAUACUUCCACUGGAUAUAUUUACACCUCCAGUGUCCAGAAUAACCUGAGAAGCUCCCAGGAGUUUGUGCCAUAGAGGAGAAACAAAACGUUACCCAUGUGAUGCCUAAACAACCUCUGUCUGCUUGUUGCUCUUGAGCUUUUUCAUGAUGUUCCUGUUUGAAGACUGUAAUGAUCAUAUCCAGGCAAGAUCACAAUGUCAUGAAAUGUAUGUAAUAACUGAAAUUAUAUCGCUUUAAAUUGAAGGCCUUUCUUUUUUGUACAGUCCCUGUAUGAUGUUGGAAAAUAUCACAGUGUUGUGCGUUAUUUUCUGUUUUUAUCCAGUAUGUGUGCUCACAUGUUUUAUGAAACCUGAUGCCUCCAUUUCGGUGUCAAACCUCUCCUGUUGCCUCUGUCCAUCCCGCCAUCCAGCAUUAACUCUUCACACAAAGCAAGACAGGAGGUGCAAUAUUAUCUGCAGUGUUGGUUUUACACACAUACAUACACACACACACACACAGACACAGAGUCAGCAUUUUUAAAACAUGCACACAAAGUUUCAGUGUGAGAAUACUUGAGUUGGGUCUGACAUAUUUGCGGACCAGGAGCCUGAAAGCAAUAAGUGUUGAUCUGUGACAGUGACGAGGUCUCAGCCCAGUUCUGCCUCCUCAGAGCUGAAUAAAGUGCAAUAUGAAAUACUGAA